GUAUCUCAGCCAGACCGUAGUGGAAGAGACGAUGUUAACAGCCAACCCUCAGAACAGGGAGAAAUUAGCCCUACUCAAACAAGCUCUAGGUGCUAUGGGAUUCAAUAGCCUGGAGGUGGAGAACCUGUUUGUAAUUCUCUCAGCAAUUCUGCAUCUUGGAGACAUUCGCUUUACGGCUCUGACAGACGCUGAGACAGCAUUCGUGUCAGACCUGCAGCUACUGGAACAAGUGGCAGGGAUGCUGCAGGUUUCACCAGAUGAGCUUGCUUCAGCCUUAACAACUGAUGUUCAGUAUUUUAAAGGAGACAUGAUUGUACGGAGGCAUACUAUAGAGAUUGCAGAAUUUUACCGAGAUCUCUUGGCAAAAUCUCUAUAUGGUCGUUUGUUUAGCUUUUUAGUCAACACAAUCAACUGCUACCUUCAAAAUCAAGAUGAGACUGGCAGUGACCAGGUAUUUGAAAUUGGAGUACUGGAUAUUUUUGGAUUUGAAGAAUUUCAAAAGAAUACGUUUGAACAGCUAUGUGUCAACAUGACCAAUGAGAAGAUACACCAGUACAUCAGCGAGGUGCUUUUCCUACAAGAGCAAGCAGAAUGUGUACAAGAGGGAGUUGCCAUGGAAACGGUGUAUUCUCCUGGUAACCAUACCGCAGCCUUGGAUUUUUUCUUUCAGAAACCAUCAGGCUUUUUGUCAAUGCUGGACGAAGAAAGCCAAUCUGUUUGGUCAGUGGAACAGAGCCUUUCUAAACGCAUUCAGUCUUACCUGGAUUCAUCAGACACAAAUACAGUAUAUUCCUCCACAAAAGAUGGAAAUGGUAACCUUGCCCCAAAGGAUCAGGGCUCCACAUUCACUGUAAUGCAUUAUGCUGGGAGGGUUACUUAUGAAAUUGCUGGUGCGAUAGAAAAAAAUAAAGAUUCCCUUUCACAAAAUCUCGUGUUUGUAAUGAAAACCAGUGAAAAUGUAGUCAUCAAUCAAUUGUUCCAGUCCAAGCUGACACAAACUGGAUCACUUAUUCCUCCAUAUCAUUCCCUUAAAAUCAAAGGGUGUAAAGCAGCUUUGCUGAGUAAAAAACCUUCAGUAGCCUGUGCAAGUGGAGAAGCAAAAAAAUACAUUGAGCUCAGCAAGCUGUUGAAAAAGAAAGGAACAUCCUCAUUUCUCCAGAGACUGGAACGAGGGGGCCCAACCACUGUGGCAAUACAGCUCAGGAAAUCACUCACAGAUAUUAUUGGGAAGCUGCAGAACUGCACACCACAUUCUGUUCAUUGUAUAAAGCCUAAUAACUCCAAGUUGCCAGAUACUUUUGACAAUUUUUAUGUGUCUGCUCAACUGCAGUACAUUGGUGUCCUAGACAUGGUCAAAAUCAUACGACAUGGAUAUCCAAUACGUCUCUCUUUCACAGACUUCUUGUCAAGGUAUAAAGAUUUGGCUGAUACAGCAGCAGGAGAGAAGAAGAAGUUGUCUGCCAAGGAGAGAUGUCGUCUUAUUCUUCAGCAGUGCAAAUUACAAGGCUGGCAGAUAGGAGUCCGAAAAGUGUUUCUUAAGUACUGGCAAGCUGACCAUCUCAACGAUUUGUGCCUUCAGCUUCAGAAGAAAAUUAUAACCUGCCAAAAAGUUGUGAGAGGAUUUCUAGCUCGCCAGCGCUUGCUACAGAAGAUGAGCAUCAAACAGCAAGAGGUCACCUCAAUCAAAAGCUUCUUGCAGAACGCUGAGGAUAUGGGAUUGAAAACAUAUGAUGCCUUGGUCAUUCAAAAUGCUUCUGACAUUGCUCGGGAGAAUGACCGGCUCCGCAAUGAGAUGAACGCUGCUUACCACAGGGAAAAGUUAGAAGCUAGAAACAGACCAGAAGAAGGCCACAAAAGAGCUGAAGACAAGGGUGGGAAGGUCUCUGAGGACAGCUUUGCCGGCUGUCGAACGCCUAAGCACUUUCAUUCCAGCUCCGUCCCUGUCCCCAUGGCAGUGGACGGCUUGGUACAUUCUGCGGCUGGGUCAUCCAUCAGAUCCCCCUCCCUGCACUCGGUGUUCAGCAUGGACGAUAGCAAUAGCCUGCCAUCACCAAGGAAACAGCCGCCUCCCAAACCAAAGAGGGACCCCAACACACGACUGAGCGCUUCGUACGAGGCUGUUAGUGCUUGCUUGUCGGCAGCUUCUAAGGAAACCGCUAAUGAAGUACUGACCCGUCCAAGGCCACACAGUGAUGACUAUAGUACCAUGAAAAAAAUACCUCCCAGAAAACCAAAACGAAGCCCCAAUACGAAACUUAGUGGCUCUUAUGAAGAAAUACCUAGCCAAAAGCCUGGGGAUGUAAAACAGGCAAGCACAGGAGCUAAACCAGGUGGCUAUGACACUGUGACAGUACAGAGAGCAGCUUCUGCUGAUGUGCCACAACAUGGCAUGUUGAGUCUCUAUAUGUCACAAGAAGAGGAGGAAAAUGAGCCUGUCUAUAUUGAAAUGGUAGGGAAUGCAACAAAAAGCAAUUCUGCUGAAGCAGAAAGCCCAGAACAAGGAGAGUCUGUAUAUGAAGAAAUGAAGUAUUUUCUACCAGAAGAAGGAAGCAAUGGUAAUGCAAUAAUUCCAGUAAUGACUGGAUCUCCUCCUCUGUUGUUUGAAAGCAAAAAAAAUGUUAACGUUGAAGAUGGAACAUUGGAUGGAAACAGUCAAGCAGCUUUGAUCUACAAAGACUCAUGUGACAUUCCAGCCCCUUUUCCUAACUUGCUCCCCCACAGGCCACCACUUCUUGUAUUCCCUCCAACCCCUGUCACAUGUUCACCUGCUUCCGAUGAAUCACCUCUAACACCACUGGAAGUCAAAAAGCUUCCUGUCUUGGAAACCAACCUAAAAUACCCUGUACAGUCAGAAGGUUCAAGUCCAUUAUCACCACAGUACUCCAAAAGCCAGAAAGGGGAGAAUGAAAGACCAGCAUCUCCAGGCUUGGUUGUGUUCAAUGUUUCCAGCAAAGUGACUCCUCCUUCCACACCACCUCCUCCUCUCCCACCACCCCCUCCUCCUGUACCACCUCCUAUUUCCUACCGGGCUUCCACACAUUUUGCAUUUCCUCCAGAGCCUUGUACUAGUUUUCUGAUUACUACAGGGAAAACAGGUACAAACUCAGAUCUGUCAAAAGUACCUCAGAGACCAAAUCCUGCUCAGCUUGGAUGCUCAUCUUCUCCAUUCUCCAAACUGCCUUACUCCCCAAAGGUGGCAAGAGCAGAUCACAGGAAAUUGAACUCAAAUUCAUCAUCUUCGUUUCCAUACAGCCCUACAAACUCAAGGUCUUUGACCAGUCCCCUUGAUGAGUUAACUAGCUUGUUCAACUCAGGACGGAGUGUGCUACGAAAAUCUGCAGCAGGACGCAAGAUCAGGGAGCCAGAAGGUGCUGAAACUAAUCUGAACUUGAGGAGCAGGGAAGAUCCAAAUACAUCAGAUAUUGGAUCAGAAAGCCAGGAUAAAAAUGCAAAUAACCAUGGAACUCAGUCAUCUAAUCCACUGUCCAGUUCUGUGACUGCUGAAAAUGGAAAUUCAGUAUCAAAUGGUUUACCAGAGGAAAAUGAAUAUUCAAGACUGUCGGCCAGCACUACGGCAGGCUCAUCAAUUCAAAGACAUAGGGAGAGCCACACUAGCCAGGUUAUUCAUCAGCUUAGACUUUCAGAGAAUGAGAGUGUGGCUCUGCAAGAGCUUCUAGAUUGGAGGAGAAAGCUGUGUGAAGAGAGAGAAGACUGGCAGCAAAUCUUGCACAACACUGAGCAAAGAAUCACAGCCCCACCUCCACCCCCUUGUAAAAAACCAACGCUGCUGAAGAAGGUAGAAGAUACCUCCUGCAACAGACUCUCUUCAGGCAUAUGGGAUAGCACCAUGUGA